AUGCCGUCGCUCGCUAUGCGCGAAUCUUUGACCAUUGAGGACAGAAGCAAUAUGAUUACAGUCCGUGAGAGACGCCGUUACUCUACUUCUGCUGCUUAUACUACAGCCAAAGUCCAUAUUAAUGUCCUACCCCCUCCUCCUCCACCAAAGGAGAUUCGCUGGGUUCAACCCUAUAUGCCUCCAGUGGUGAUCCAAUGUCCUCCGGUGGUCCAACCUACCCCUGCUCCUCUCUACAACAUCGAAGCUACUUCUGAGGAGAUUGCAGACCGUAUUUACGCUGAGAACACCGAGAGGAACAAGCGUAUCUCCCUUGAGGCCCGUCUUGAGGAUGAGAAAACUCGUCGCCUCGAACUGGAACAGGAAGUGGAGAUAGAGAAGGCAAGGCGAGAUGUGGAGGAGGCAAAGCGAGGUGUGGAGGAGGCAAAACGGAAGGUAGAAGAGGCACAUAGAGAGACAGAAAAGAUCUAUCUCCGUGAGAGAGAAGAAAGGGCCCGUCGCCGGGUCGCCGACGAGUACACUUAUCAGUCUAAGUCUCUUGGAAGUAGCCCUAGGACCAGCGGUGAGAGCUUGUGGUCGGCGGUUGCUGUUACUUCCACUUCGUCUCAUGGGGGACUAGUUGUUCACGAUCACCGUCAUGGCCAUGGCCAUCACCACCACCACCAUCACGGCCACCGCAGUCACUCCGAAUCAAGAGACCAUAGGUGUACCAGGUGCGGGGACACAGACCAUAGAUCUCGGGACUGCCGAGUCGAUACCAUAUACAUACCCCAGAACAGGGUACGACACAUUACUUAUCGUUCAUAG